AUGGCAGAUUCCGAAGACGAUGAAGACAGUGAUUCCGAUGCAGACGAAGACGAUGAUAGCAGUGAAGACAACAUUAGCGAAGACGAAACAGACAAUAAAGAAGCGGACGAUAACGAUUUAUCUGAAGAAGAAGAGGAUUUGAACGUUCACGAUGGACAAGACGAGGGAGUAGACAAACAUGGCAACGCAAUUCUUGACCUAGGCGACAACAGUGACAAAAAGAAGAAAAAGAAGGUGAAGAAGCUGACUCCCGAAGAACUAGAAGCAUUUGAGAAACAACAGAAGAACACGGGCGUGUGCUACAUGUCACGUAUUCCUAUGUUUAUGACACCUACACGUCUACGAGACUUUUUGAGCAAGCAUGCUGAACUUGGCCGUAUAUACCUCGAGAAAGAAGAUCCAAAAAUCACAGCCAAGCGACGAAAAUAUCACAAAAACAAGCGUGUCAAUUAUCGUGAAGGAUGGAUCGAGUUCAAGGAUAAAAAGAAGGCAAAACAACUGGCAGAAUACUUGAACGCUCGCCAAGUGGGUGGCAAGCGUGGCAAUGCAUUCUAUUACGAGACGUGGACGAUCAAGUACCUGCCAAAGUUCAAGUGGCGGCAUCUGACCGAACAAAUGGCAUACGAAAGAAAGGCACGCGAACGACGAUUGGAGGCAGAACUUGCACAGGCAACGCGUGAAAACCGAAUCUAUCUUGAAAACGUCGAAAGAGCCAAGAUGCAUCAAGGCAUGCAGAAACGAAACCAGAAGAAGCGCAAACUUGCAGAUGACGAUGCUCAUCAGCCAGAAGCAGAAGAGGAAAUGCGACGAAGCUUCAAGCAGAGAUCCAAGGUGGUCACUGAGGUGGCUUCACAGAAAGCUGGUGAUGGAAAGGAAGCUAUGGGUCGUCUGGAUGCUAGUGUAAAGAAUGUGUUGUCUCAUGUACUUGGCAAAUAA